CUCUUCUCCCCAAAAAAAUCACUGUGUUUCCUUCUCUCCCAAAAACCCAUUUUCUAUCACCUGAUCCGUGUCUUUGACCCAAAGACAUGGAUUCCAAAGAGGAUGAAAUUCCCAUGGGAAUUCCCCUCAUGCCUAUGCCAAUGUUGGUUAAGCGUAGGAAUACCAGCACCGGGGCUCGUAUUUCGACCGUGAUCAAGCAAGAGUGGCCGGAUGAGGAGUCCGAUAAGCGCGAAAAGCUUCCCGUCUCGAAGAUUCUUAGCUCGUCGUCGAUUGAUGAGGUUCCUGACACCCAGGAGGAGCCUGUUCCGAUCAAAAUCAAGGAAGAGUGCUCCGAGGAGAUCGAUCAGGCUGAAGGAUCGAUGCGGCUAAGCGAGGCCGAAGCGAUGAGUGUGGUUCCUGAUAGCCUGGGGGAUUUGGCGCAACAAGAAGCGGAAAAUGUUUCGAUCCAGGUACAGAGAGUUGGAUCUGAGGAUGUGGAUGAACCUGUUUUGAUCCAGGUGAAGAGGGAAGGAUCUGAGGAGGUGGAGGAGGCCGAAACGAUGAGCGAGGUUCCUGAUAGCCUGGCUGAACAAGAAGCGGAACCUGUUUCGAUUGAGGCGAAGAAAGAAGGAUCUGAUGAGAUGGAUGAGGCCGAAAGGCUUCAGGAGUCUAAGCCUGAGAGGUUAGAGCAGAAUGAAGUUCCAGUCCUAAAUGUGGAGCCUAUUUCGACGUUUAUUAAAUUGGAGGAUCAUGAGGAAUAUGAAGCCGAAAAGCUUUUUGUGUUGAAGCCGAAAGGGGUAGUGAAGAAGGAAGCUGAAGAUGGCCGAGAGGGUUUGAUCAAGCAGGAAGAGAAUGUGAAGAAAAUUCGGUCGGUUCUCGGGUGUGAAAUGCCUGAAUUUGAGAUUCUUCGAGCACUUUCAGAAUGCGGUGGAGACCAGAAUGCAGCUGUCAAUUUCAUCCUGGAAAAUGCAGGGGCGAUUGUGGUUAAGAAGGCUGAUGGAGAUGUGGAUUCGUCGAAGCCUAAGAGCCUGGUGAAGAAGGAAGUCCCUGACUGUGAAGUGAUUUCGGUUAAGCAAGUGAGGCCACCCAAUUUGGAGGAUGGGGACUUCCCUACAGAGCGGGAUUGGCUUGCGGUUGGAGGGACAGUAGUUACUGCGCUUUCGACUUCCAAAGGCAGGAAAUUGGUAGACAAUGAGAUUGUUAACCUCUCUUUUCCUUCUGUAAAUUCCAGCAACAAAACCAGAUGGAUUGUUCGUUUCUCAACCAAACGAUCAGGAGAGAUCGGUCGCUUUUCAAUGGAAUGGGCAAAAUGUGUUGUUCCACUUGUACAAUCUGGAAAGGUUAAGGUUCGUGGACGGUGUAUAGCUGCACCUCAAGUGCUUUCUAUGAUGCAAGAGAUCAUGUUGUAUAUAAGUUUUUAUAUUCACCAUUCAAUUUUCACCGAAGUUGACAAGUCUUCAUGGAAGCUAGAUGCUUCCCCUAACAUCGAUUCCACUAUAUAUCCUCUCCUCACUCUGUUCAAAUUGUUGAAAGUCCAACCAUAUCAGAAGGCUGAGUUCACUCCAGAAGAACUUGAUUCCCGAAAACGUCUUCUGAAUAUUGAACGUAUUCCAAAUGAAGCUCCAUUAGCAUUGCCUGCACCAAAACGCAGAAAGGGUUCCCAACAGAAUCCCGAAGAAAACAAAGAUGAACAAGCCAUUUCUGAGUCUUCUCUAAACAAGAUUGUUGGUGCGGCAGAAGUAUAUGACUUAGAGGAGAUGGAGCCCCCAGGCACUCUCAGGUGUGUUCUGAAACCAUACCAGAAACAAGCCCUCCAUUGGAUGUCAGGAUUGGAGAAGGGAAUUGAUGUUGAGAAGGCCAGGCAAACUCUACAUCCUUGCUGGGCAGGCUACCGUAUAUGUGAUGAGAGGGCUUCUUCAAUCUAUGUGAACAUUUUCACAGGGGAGGCAACCACAAAAUUUCCAACUGCAACGCUGAUGGCAAGAGGAGGAAUCCUAGCAGAUGCGAUGGGACUUGGGAAGACUGUGAUGACAAUUGCUCUAAUACUAGCAAGACCAGGUAGAAGAGGCUCUAAUGAUAUUGAAAUUACAAAGAAGAGGAAGAUAGAUUCAGAUACAACUGCCCCAUUGAAACCAAAGGGAGGCACUCUUGUUGUCUGUCCCCUGUCUUUGUUAAGCCAGUGGAAGGAUGAGCUUGAAACACAUUCAGAGCCAGAAAGUAUUUCCAUUUUUGUUCACUAUGGUGGACACAGAACCACUAGUCCCAAGGCAAUCUCAGUACAUGAUGUGGUCUUGACAACAUAUGGUGUCUUGGCUGCAGCUUACAAAAGUGAUGGGGAGGACAGCCUUUUCCACCAAGUUGACUGGUAUAGGGUGGUGCUUGAUGAAGCUCAUACCAUUAAAUCUUCAAGGACCCAAGGUGCUCAGGCUGUUUUCACCUUGUCAUCGCAUUGCAGAUGGUGUUUGACCGGAACUCCUAUUCAGAACAAUUUGGAAGAUCUCUACAGCCUCCUAUGCUUCUUGCAUGUUGAACCAUGGUGCAACUGGGCAUGGUGGAACAAAUUAAUUCAAAGGCCUUACGAGAUUGGUGAUCCAAGAGGACUGAGAUUGAUAAAGGCCAUUUUGAGACCACUGAUGUUAAGAAGAACAAAAGAAACAAAGGAUAAAGUGGGAAGGCCAAUACUUGUUCUCCCUCCAACUGACAUUCAAACCAUUGAGUGUGAACAGUCAGAUGCUGAACAUGACUUUUACAACGCCCUUUUUAGGAGAUCAAAAGUCCAGUUUGACCAAUUUGUAGCAGAAGGCAAGGUUCUUCACAACUAUGCAAAUAUCCUUGAACUACUACUUCGAUUGAGGCAGUGUUGCAACCAUCCAUAUCUUGUCAUGAGUCGGAGUGAUUCACAAAAGAAAAGCAGUCGGGGUGAUUCACAAAAGUAUGCAGACUUGGACAAGCUUGCAAGAAUAUUUCUUGAAGCUAGCCAGGAUGCUUCCACUUCAAAGCAGAGUGUCCCCAGCCGAGCUUAUGUUGAAGAGGUUGUUGAGGGUAUCCGUAAGGGUGAAAACAGAGAGUGUCCCAUAUGCUUGGAGUUUGCAGAUGAUCCUAUACUUACACCAUGUGCUCAUAAGAUGUGUAGGGAGUGUCUUCUCUCGAGCUGGGGAAGACCAACUCGUGGUCCAUGCCCAAUAUGUCGGAGAUUGAUUGAAAAACCUGACCUCAUAUCUUGCCCAUCUGAAAGCCGCUUUCAGGUUGAUUUUGUUGAAGAUUGGAAGGAAUCUUCAAAGGUUGCAAAGCUCUUGGAUUGCUUGGACCAUAUUCUUCAAUCAGGUUCUGGCGAAAAAAGCAUUAUUUUCAGUCAGUGGACUGCAUUUUUGGAUCUCUUGGAGAUCCCUAUGAAGAGAAGAGGAAUUGAGUUUCUUAGGUUUGAUGGGAAGCUGACACAGCCACAGAGGGAGAGGGUUUUGAACGAGUUCAAUGAGACCAGAGUGAAAAGGGUGUUGUUGACGUCUUUGAAAACUGGCGGUGUUGGUCUAAAUUUAACUGCAGCAUCUAACGUCUUCAUAAUGGAUCCAUGGUGGAAUCCUGCGGUUGAGGAGCAAGCAAUAAUGAGAAUUCAUCGCAUUGGACAAAAGCGAACAGUCACCGUUAGAAGAUUUAUUGUCAAGGACACGGUGGAGGAACGCCUGCUACAAGUUCAAGCUAGGAAGCAGAGAAUGAUUGCCGGAGCUCUCACUGAUGAGGAAGUUCGAUCUGCUAGAAUUGAGGAGCUCAAAAUGCUUUUCACAUGAAUUUCUCUUUAUGUAUAUAGGUAGUUAAAAGAGGGGCCUUUUUUGUGCAGUCUAGAAGUCAUAGACCCCAAUUUUGUACAUGGUUGGGUUUUGGCAUUUCAAUGCCAAUCACCUUCUCUCUUAUUUAUUUUAGUUUAGCUACUGUUUCGUAAUUAUGGGUAAGUUAUAGGUAAUGAUCCCAGAUGAGCAAGCCUUGUAGUGAGAUCAUUAAUCUUAAUGAGAAUCCCAUUUUUGAUUUCA